AAUAAAUGACGAAAAAGAAUGUUAUUGUUUAUGUGCAACCUCCUUUCUGCCACAAAAAGUCGAUUUACCGAAAACUACCGAAAAUUGCCUAAGGAAUCUACCGAUGGCAAACAAAUCGGCGUGGCAACACUGUGUGAAGUGUCUUCAGACUUGGUGGAGAGAGGACGUGUUUUUCCGUGCUCCAGAGCUAAGUGUUUGAUUUUGGAGUACCACCAUCUUGGCUUCGCCCGAGUCAGUCAUCAGAGUAGACUGUCCGAUUGGAAACAGUCAAGUCUUCUCAACCAGUGUUCCCACCGGCCAAACUAGCUUGGUCUUUCCAGUGACUUCCACUACCCUUGUAGACAACUGAAUUUGGGACUUUUGUCCACGGACUCUUGGCUACAUCGCUCUACUUCCACGAGGACUAUUUUCUCCACAAGCAUCCAGGAACAUCUGUUUGGAUUCUCCCCACCCAUUUUCUGACAAGUUUACUUGUAAAUACUCCUGUACUGUCAUUUUUCUGCAUAGAUUACCCGGACAGUUGUCAUAGAGUAGUGAGUGCGUCAGGCAAAAAUUUUCUCUGACUAGUGCGUCGUGCAGUUACUUAGGUUUCUUGCUUUAUUUUAUAUUUUAUCUGUUUCUCUCUGCUCUAUUGACCAGUAGGUUUAUAGUGCAGAGUUUCCUCUGGCAUUUGGGCCACCCUAUACACACUUCACUUUGUCUCUCGUCACGAUGUCCACUAGCUCGGUUGAGGAAUUUGUUAGCGACUCGCACAGAGUUCUUGAUGAACUAAAGGGAUACUGUGCAAAUAAUUACGCUAGCAAGUUGGGGGCUAGAGAGAGUGUACGUUAUAUUUCAGAGCAUUUUACCAUGAUUAUCAAUAUGGCCGUCAGCUUAUUAAAAGCUAGCUGUACUACUGAAAUUCUUGAACAAAGAUUGGCCAACCUUGCCACCAAAGAAGACCUAAUAGAGACGACCACCAUGCAAAACGAGAAAUUUACUUUAGCCAUCAGGGAAGUGAAAGAGGAGAUUGAUAAACUGUGCAAGGUGCAACAUCAUAGUCCCUUGGGUGAGAAUGGAUCUCCCACUAUUAGCUAUAGCGAUGCUCUAAAGAGGGAUAUCAGGCCACCUCAACCCACUCUUGAACCCCCAAUGCCAAUACACACUGUUCUCGUAUUUAGUGACAACAAAGAAAACAGCUCGGAAAAAACGCGGGCUUUGCUUACUAACAACAUAAAUCCAAGGGAGGUUGGGUUAGGGGUCAAGAGGCUUAGGAAAAUUAAUAAUGGAGGUGUGGCUGUUGACUUAGUGGACGUUAGUGACGUGGAAUUCCUUCAAGAAAAGGUGAAUGACAUUCCGGGUUUGAGCGCAAGAAUUGCCAAGAAACAACGACCUUUAUUAAAAUUAGCUUUUGUCCCUAUUUCUGUUCCAAGGGAAACUCUUACAAAGUCUAUUUAUGAGCAAAAUCUUCAUUUCCACACUUCAAGCAGCUAUGAAAGUUACGAAAUGUUUGAGAGCGACGUCCAAGUUAAAUUUCCAAUUAAACAAAGAGAUCCUAAUUACAUAACAUGGGUUAUCCAGGUUUCUCCAGAAAUAAGGGAAAUGUUGCUCAAAAAGGGGAAAAUUUGUGUAGAAUGGACUAGAUGCCCAAUUUACGACUUUGUGCCGACAAAUCAAUGUUUUAGGUGCUUAAGAUUUGGGCAUCGUGCUCGUGAUUGUAUGUUGCAAACAAUGGUUUGCAGUCACUGUGGCGAGGAUCACCUGUUUAAGGACUGCACCAACAAACACAAGAGACCAAGGUGUGCAAACUGUGUCAGAGAAAAUAAUAAAGAACAUGAUCAUAACACCAUGGACAGACGCUGCCAGACCUAUUUAAGGGCUAAGGCCCAGGCUAUUGAGCGCACCGACUACGUCUCCUAACAGUGGUUCGUGUUCCGUCUCGUAUUUUCCUAUUUUAAUGUUUAUCAACUUUAUUUUUCCCUGUAUACAUUUUACUGUACCGCUGUAUUGUUAUUCAUCCUACAAUUGAUGUUAUCUUUACACUGUACUCACUGUAUUUUGAGCUCUACAUCUCCUACAUCUUGUACAUCCUUAAUUGUAUGUGUUUUGUAACCAUGUAUUUAAUGAACUAUUUAUGUACGGGCAUGCAUUCCAGUGCAACGACUGUUCUGUGUUUCUUCUCUGACUGUGUAGCUUACUUUUAUCAUAUUUACUUAUUUCUGUUCGUUAUUUGUGUUACCAGUUUAACUGUUUGUAUUUCUAACAUUGUACUUGUUACCACCGGGUAGUGCGUACUGCGCAACCCGGAAUGUACCAUGUGUAUGUAAAGGAGUCUUCGAUAAAUCUACAUAUCAAAAUGAUAUUAACACACAAAGUUUUGCUAUGAAACGAUCUUUAUGGAUUAAUAUCAUUUUGAUAUGUAGAUUUAUCGAAGACUCCUUUUUCUAAGAAAUUUCUUUAGAUACUAAUAAAUUAAACAAUAUUUUUGUACUACACAUUUUACCAAUAGUAAACUUCGAGAUCAGAGUCGGAGUCGAAAGAAUUUUACCGAAGUCUGGAGCUGUCUAAAUUCACACGGGUACUCAGCGAGUUUUCUCCAAAACUUUAAGAAAAUCUUUCAACCGAAGAGUAGAAAAACUCAUUUUGUAUAGUAGUAUAUACUUUACAUACGAAGAAAGGAAAAAAUUAGUUCAAAUAUGGUAUAUAGCAGUGGCGCAUUAUUGCUUCGUGGGGCCCUUUGACGUAUCGGAGGUCCUAUGUACAGUGUUAACUUCAGACGUUUUUCUUCGGGGGAACUAUUUUCUUAUAAAAGAUUGGUGUGGACCUCAGUCAAUUUUCCUUUUUGUCCAUAGGAUAACGUUAGACUGGUAUGCCUAUGUAAAUAGUAUUAAAAGUGCAAUAAAGUGUACACGUUGUUAUAUUUUUGUUUUGUUUCCCCUUUUAUAUUUCAAAUAUAUUUGAUAUUAAAUGUUUUUUGUUCCAGUCGUUUUGUUAUCGAUUGAUUACAUUAUGACUCGCCCUUUACUAAGCCUGAGAUGCUGGGAAGUGGAAUUUUUGGUGGAAGUAGAAGUGGCAUUUUUUUGAAACUGUUUCCGCCGUGUGAGCACGAAGAUGGCCUUUUUCUAAACUAGUCUAUUAAGGAUUC